AUGUCUAAAAGCCGCUUGCCCCUCAUGCUCGGCCUUGGUGCUGCCGGUGCAGGCGGGUACUACCUCUACCGCGCGGGCGGCGAUGUGAAGGGUGCGAAGCAGGAAAUGAAGAUUGAUGCCGACAAGGCGCGCGAGAAGCUUCCCACCGGCGAAAGUGCAGAGAAGGCGGGUGCGAAUUUCGGAAAGGAAGCUGGUGCUGUUGUUGAUGAAACUAUCAACAACGCCCGAUCCAAGUUUAAGCUUGAUGAGAACAUCCCCGAGAUUAAAGAUGAGGCACAGAAAAAGUUUGAGGAUGGCAAGAACAAGCUUGAUGGGCUCCGUGUGGAUGCGAAGAGCAGAAUUAACUCGGAGAUUGAUAAGUUCGACCGCACUGUUGAGGAGAAGGCGGCUGAGGCAAAGGGAUGGUUUGGAAGUAAGAAAUAA